ACGAAUCGGUUAUCCGGCAGCAGGCAAAGGUGUUGUGAGGUGUUUUGUGGUGUUUUGUGUUGUUUCGAGUUGUUUUGAGCUGUUUUGAGCUGUUUUUUGAGAACUCCGCUGGCAGAGGCAAAUGCAAUUGCAAAUGCAAAGUGCAUGUGCAGCGGUCAGAAUUCGCCAUUUGCUGCCAUAAGCCAGCUUGUUUGGCACUUAUUUUGUUUUGGUUUUGAUUUUCGAUUUUCGAUUUGAGUCUGCGCGACUUCGAGUUCUGUGCGCGUUGCAUUUUCAAUAAACGCGUUUGCUGUUGGCUUUUUGCACGCUGCGUGGGCGCCAAUUCGUGUGGCUGUGUCUCGUGUGUGCAUUAGCUAAUGUGUUUGUAUUGCUAAUUAAAUCGGCAGCCAAGUAGCAAAGGCAACCGCAAGUGGCAGCAACAAGAACCCCUGACAAAAGCGAAACAAAGUGCAUUCGAUAAGUACGAUAAACGAAAUCCAUUCCCGAUCCAAACCCGAUCUGCACACCGAAUUCAAUUGGAUCGACAUCAGACAGGUGUUUUCCCCACAUUGCCGCAUUUCCAUGAUUCUGAGCACGAGGAGCGUUCGUUCGGCAUGACGUGAACUACUGCUUAGAUAUUCCAUGCGAGAACCCAAACCUUUGCAACUAACCGCCCCAAUCGAUCGUCUCGCCUCGAUUCGAUCCGAUUGCCCCCGAAAAGUGUCCGCUUUGGGGACGUGAUCAGACCGUGAUCAGGAGAAGAUUUGCCUGCUCCCCCUAGAAAAGUGGAAGCCCACAGAAACCACCGCCACGAUGGACUCACGCAUCGGCCUGGACUACAUUGUCGAGAAUCGUGACUACAUUGCCAAACUGGGCGCUGCCCUGGACACGCAGAACGCCACCGUGAAGAAGCAGGUCUUCGAGCUGCUCUCGGCGCUGUGCGCCUACAGCCCCGAUGGCUAUGCGCGUGCCAUCGAAACCCUAGAAUUUUACAAGAAUCUCAAGAAGCAGCGAUACCGCUUCAAGAUUGUCACCAACGAACUGGAGCUGUCGAGUGCCGCCCCUCAGCCGCCCCUGGAAUAUCAGGCCGCCCUGCUGGCCUUCAUCAACUGCGUCAUCAUUUCGGCGGCCACGCUGCAGGAGCGCAUUCGCAUUCGCAACGAAUUUAUAGGUCUCAAAGUUUUGCCGCUGCUCAAUAACCUAAGGAAAGUCGCACAAAGUGUGGGGGAUAUCAUCGUACAAUUGGACGUAUUUGUGGAGCAGCAGGAAUGCGACGAGGCCCAGAGCCUUCAGGCGCCCGAUGGCAUCAAUCUCAGCUCGCAUCUUGAUGUCUUCUACGCGAUUCUGCGACAGGUGGCUGAUACGCCGCAGGAAGUGCCAUUCCUCAACAUCCUGCAGCACCUGCUGCGCAUCGAUCCCAAGGAGCCGGUCAGCGACAUCAUCUGGGACACCGCGGAGCGCCUGGUCCACCGUGCCACGCUCCUCGAGAGUCACGAGGACUCGGUGCGCCUGCUCCGCACGCCCAGCAGCCAGAAGUUCGCCUGCCAGAGUUGCCGCGGCAGCGAUGCCAGCAGUCCCACCCGCAAGCCCGCCCAGCCGGUGGGCGUGGCAGCUAAGGCGACACCGCCACCGCCCCCACCACCGGCGCCCAUGGGACACGCACCGCCCACUGCACCACCGCCCCCGCCUCCGCCGAUAAAUGGCCCAGCACCGCCCCCUCCGCCACCGCCCAUGAUCAAUGGUGGCGCCCUGCCCCCUCCACCGCCUCCUCCGGCCAUGCAAUUGGCCUCUCGCCCCAGGACACCCGAUCCUCUGGCCGCGGAGACGGUGGCUACUGCCAUAUUGCUACCGCAACAGGACACACCCGCUCCCAAGGCCAAGAUGAAGACCAUCAACUGGGGCAAGAUUCCGCACAACAAGGUUUUGGGCAAGCAGAACAUCUGGAGCAUCGUGGCCAGCAAUCACCAGGACAGCCCGAUGCAGGACAUCGACUGGAACGAGAUGGAGGGACUCUUCUGCCUGCAGACGGCCAGUGCCCAGGGAUCACCGAAACUGGGACGGGAUGGCAGUCAAUCCUCCGCCGCCACCAAUGGAUGCGAUACCCUGGACCGAAAGUCCAAGAAGGAGAGCACGGAGAUCACACUGCUCGAUGGCAAAAGGAGUCUGAAUGUGAACAUCUUCCUCAAGCAAUUCCGCACCAGCAACGACGACAUCAUCCAGUUGAUCCGGCAGGGAGUCCACGAGGAGAUCGGAGCAGAGCGGUUGAGGGGUCUGCUCAAGAUUAUGCCCGAGGUGGACGAGCUGGACAUGCUGAAGGGCUUCAACGGGGACAAAGGACGACUGGGCAAUGCCGAGAAGUUUCUGCUACAACUGCUGGAGGUUCCCAACUACAAAUUGCGCAUUGAGAGCAUGUUGCUGAAGGAGGAGUUUGCAGCGAAUGUGGCCUAUCUGGAGCCCUGCAUAAAUGCGAUGCUCUAUGCGGGCGACGAUCUGCUGAACAACAAGACCCUGCAGGAGGUCCUCUACAUGGUCGUUGUGGCCGGAAACUUCCUUAACUCCGGCGGAUAUGCGGGCAAUGCUGCGGGUGUCAAGCUGUCCUCACUGCAAAAGCUCACCGACAUCCGAGCGAAUAAGCCGGGGAUGAACCUCAUCCACUUUGUGGCCCUUCAGGCGGAGAAACGCAAUCCGGAGCUAUUGCAGUUUACUGGACAACUGAGCACCCUCGAAAGUGCCAGCAAGACAACUUCAGAGCAGAUCAACAAUGAAAUCAACACACUGGACGGACGGAUCCGGAGAAUAGCCAGGCAGAUCGAACAACCUGCCACGGAUGCAGACAUCAAGGAGCAAAUGGCCGACUUCCUGCAGGCCGCCGAAUCGGAAUUGGCUGUGCUGCAGGCGGGCAUGAAGCAGGUAGAGUCCAUGCGUCUCAAAAUGUCCGAGUUCUUCUGCGACGAUGCGGCCACCUUCCGGCUGGAGGAAUGCUUCAAGAUCUUCCAGAAUUUCUGUGAUAAGUUCAAGCAGGCGGUCAAGGAGAAUGAGCGGCGCCAGCAGCAGGAGCAGCAGGCCACUCUGAGGAGGAAGCAGCGGGAGGAGCAGAUGGCCCGCAGAGCCAGGCAGAUUGGUCAGGCUGGCACCCCCGUGUCCGAUUCGGAGCACUCUUUCCUGGGCGACGGCAUCUUCGAUCCUCGGGCUAGUCCUGCGCUGAGUCGCAGGCACCUGGGAUCCGGAGAGAUCAGCAAUGGUUUCAUUCGUCUCGAACAGGACGGAGCCUCGCCGGACAUCACACCCAACGGAAGUCUGAGGCGCCGGCGUAGUCGAGUUCUGGCCGAGGAGGAUGACCUCAUGGAGUUCUUGCGCAGCUCGACGGGUCCCCAUGAUGGACACAACAGCAGGGAGCGGAAGGCGGCCUACGGCAGCUUGGAUCGCUCAUGGGCCCGUCGCGCCCGCUCAGGAAGUUCCAGCCGGAAGCGUCCCGACUUGCUCAACAUUGACUUUGGCCUGGACCGGGAGCGGGCCAGCUCUCCGGCUCCUCUUCUCCAGCAGCAGCAACAGCAGGCGCAGGAGCGCCUCCAAUCCCCACUGGCCAGUGCAGCUGGAACACCCACAACGGCAGGGAAUACGCCCACGGGCAGUGGAUCAACAAUUGCGCAGACGCAGUCCGUCAACGAGGAUGCGAAACCGAGGAUAUCCCGUGAGUGGCGCCAGAAGAUCGAGACGUGGCUGCAGUCCAACGAGAGCGACGAGAAGCAGAACGAGGAGUACAGGCGGAAGCGUCGUCUGGUCAACGCCAAUCGGAGAUCGCUCGAAAACGAAACUGAAAACGAACGAAAACUGGACCCCUUGCCGGAGGAGAAGAUCCUGCCUUCGACGACGACAGCUACGCCAACGAACACGCCCACGACCACUAAUCCCACUAAUUCCACUAACAGGCCGGAUCAGGAUUCCGGGAAAUACCAGCGCGUCUACGCCGACUGGAGGCCUUCGAAGACGCUGGAGCAAACAGAUGUGGUGGCCAAUCUGCAGGCCAUAGCUGAUGCCCAGCCCCAGGAUGCACUGCGUCAGUAUCGCCGCCAGCGAUCGCAGGAUCAGUCUAGUCCUAUUACACUCCAAUCGAUAGCUGAAGAGGAUCGGAGGAAGUCGCUGAUCCAGAAACUGGGCGAAAGGGACAUGAGCAACGAGCGGUUGCAGAUCUUUAUAAGAAGAUCGUCUAGCAGGGAGCUGCAGUCGGCCAUAACGGAGGAGCAGCUAAUGCCACCCAAGUCACCAAAGCCACCGGUGUCCGAUGACACAUUCGCCAGCCUGCUGAGUCACCACAAGAGCCAGAACGAGAUGCAGGCCUCCUCCAAAGACGUGGACGCGGAUAACAUUGAGACACCGCCCGUGAGCCGUCGGGUGAUAGCCACGCCCACCACCACAGUGGUCACGGUGAGCAUGACGGACAAGCCAAAGGCUGCGACGGAGGAGAAGAUUGGAUCAGCGGAGCAGGAUGCCCCGGGCCACUUCGAUCGCCAUGCCUUGGGGCGUCGCACACGUCGCUACAAGAGACCCACGGACUACAGCAGCGGCAAUGAGGAGCUCUUGACCACCAGCACACCAGAGCCGAAGGCCUCUCCCUCGAAACCAGAGCAACCUCCGCCCGAGAAAUCCAAGCAGAAGGAGCGCACGAUCAACAAGCUGGAGAAGGUGGGUCGCCACAUUAGCUCCAUCAACCAGGAGGAUGUGAGGGAGGCCAUCCGGAAUCUCAAAUCGCCCACAGGCACACCCGAGCGGCCUUGGAGUCCACCGCGGGAGAUCACGCCCUCUAAGCUGAAGCUCACGGCCAGCGGUCACCACGAGCUCAAUGACGAGGGCUUCGAGGAGACCCAGAGUCUGGUGUCGGACACUCCCUCCCAUGGAAAGGGUGAGAGCACCAACUCCUCCUGCAACGAGGGAGUUAGCGAGACUCCAGCCCGCCAGCGUCCGCUGCAGAAACAAAAGCCCACGACCACCAGCAUCACGCAGAUGGGCAGUCGCCUGGCCGAUCGCCUGCAGCAGGCCAGAUUGAAGGGUUCCGGAUCCCCGGGAUCGACAGCCAUGAAGUCCCAACACCAAAUCCCUGCCACACAAACGGCUACGGUCAAGAGGAGUGUCUCCGCCAGCAGACCGCUGCGCAUGCCCAAUGGUCAGCCGUUGGUCAGUGCCGCGCCGCUGAGAUCCGCAUCCGCUGUGAGACGCUCGCCGCAGGAGCAACAGGUCCUCGCUGGAGUGGAAAGAAGCAGUUCGAGGAACAGCCUGCGCUCGUCGCGAUCGUCCAUCAACAGUGGAGCCUCCACGCAAACGGUGGUGAGGCGUCUGCCUGCCGUCCAACGAGCGGGAGCCACUGUAUCCGUGGACUCGUCGCCCAGCAAGAGACCUCUGGCGGCCCAGAAUCUGCGACCUACGCCAGGACGUGGAGUGCCGGCCAGCAGGAGCAGCAGCAGUGGCUCCAGCGUGGGACCCAGUGUGAUCCUGGUGCGCAGCAAGAUGAGCAGUACCGCACCGAGAACGAAUAUCAACGGCAGCACCAGCUUCAAAGAGAACCAGUCCCAGUCCCAGCCACAAUCCCAGUCCCAAUCUCGAAUGAGCGCCGCUCGCAGUGUGGUCCUGGUGAAGAAUGCCCUGAACCAGCAGCAGCAGGCCAGGAUGAAUGCUAAUCCGAGUCCCCAGCAGAGGAGCACCAGCAGCAGUCGAUCCGUGAGCAGCUUCAUGCGACCCACGGCCAGCAGCGUGACGAAGCGCCAGAAGUGAGGUCCAGUUUAGUCCUCGUCCAAGUUAACGUCCCAGUUUACACAUGUUACAAACGCGAAUGCAUCCAAAUCCAAGCCGUCCAAGCGACAAUUUCGAAUUUCUAAGCAGGAUCUAAAAGCACAAAAAAACAUAAUUGUUACAGUUGCAAUAUUUUGAGAAGUUAUACAAAUCUUAAGAAUUCCCUGCACAUUCCAACCGAAGGUCCGUAAACCCUUAAUACAAAAGACAAAAACUUUCAAACUCUUAAAUGUAUUUGAGCACAAAAAACAGAAAACGAGACAAAAAUACUAGCAUGUACUACUCAACUAAAACUUAGGAUAAGUGAAAAAAAAAAUGUUAAACUCGUAUUUCCAUAUUUAACAUAUAGCUGUAGGCAUUAUUCGAUUAUACGAUCACGUUAGGAGACUUUUUUAUAGAAGCGCGUUGUUUACAAAGUGUGUAGUUGAAGAAACCAAAACGACAAUUACAAAUCUUUAAAAUAAAAGAACAUAAGCUUUAA